AUGGGCUUUAAUUUGCAAACUCUUCAGUAUGGAUGUAGGCAGAACCCACCUCAUGAUUUGUGUAGAGCUCCAUCCUGGGAGCGAUGUGUCAUACGUGCGGAGGCUGCGAGCAGAAGAGCUGUCAGGAGAACGCUGCCUCGCUUGAAGAGGAGGAGGCGGUGGGGAAAGGACGGUGACGAACGCAGGAUCACCAAAAAAUCCGGCAGUGCCCAGGGGCUGCCAUCCCCGGCUCACCCCUCCGGCCCUGCUUGCCUGGGCUCCCCUCGCAGAGGGCUCAGCCUCUCGGAGCUGGCCCCUGGCCCCCGCGGAGCCGCUCCCAGCCGCCACCGGGCAGCGGAAAUCCCCGCAGCCCGGCCCGACCCUGCCCGGGGCGCCGAGCGGCGCUCCCCGCGCCCGGGGCUCUCCGGGCAGCCCCCGGCCCUCUCGCGGGGCGCUCUCCCACGACCGCCAUCACUUCCCCCCCUGCUCCGGGGCCGCGCUGUCACCUCACCCCCCGCGACGUCCCACGCACCGCAGGCCGAGAGCCAACACCCCGCCGCGAGUCGGACCCGCACCCCUGGGCCGGGAGACAAUGAGCAGCCACAACUCACCAGCAGCGCCGGAGCUUCGCGGGUCCGGGGGCGGUUCCUUUGCCCCUUCUCCUUCCCCUUCUCCUCCGCCUAG